AUUACUGAUAAGGAAAGAGCUGAGUGGCCUCAGCAAUAUGAGGCGCUGGAACGGGACGGACUCUUUUGGGUCUCUGAUGGAUGCCCUAUUUUGCCAGUUGCUGCACUGCGACCCGUUUGUCUGGGUGUUCACCAGGAGACUCACUUUGGUGCAGAUGCCUUGGCAGCCACAGUACUCCGAGUUUGGUUUGCCCCAGGUAUCCAUCCUGUUUCCAAACGGGUUACAGCCAGUUGUGCUACUUCCCAGAGCUUCAAUACUCACCCUGGUCGUCGGGUUCCUUUGGGGGGACGCCCUUGGGUAUAUUCCCCUUUUGAGGGUUUGCAGGUUGAUUUUGUGACACUUCGAAGGGCUGGUCCUUUCCGAUAUUUACUGGUUAUUGUUGAUUACCUGACUGGUUGAAUUGAGGCUUUCUCUUCCUCCCGAGCAACUGCUCCUACGGUGGUGAAAUGUCUCUUGAGGGCAGUCAUCCCCCGGUUUGAACCACCUGCUGUUAUUGAUUCUGUUCAAGGAUCACAUUCUAAACUCAUGUCAAGUGGCCGGAGGUCCUGCCUCCUGCCCUUUAACGACUAUGUUGUUGCCCCAGUCUCCUUUAAAUGUAUCACCUUAUGAGAUGCUGUUUGGUCAUCCUCCGUAUUGGGGAAAUCUCUCAGAUCCCCGACCUCCUCCAACCCUACAAGUGGGCGAUGAUGCCCUGCGAGCCUAUGUUUUGUCUCUCCAGGCAAUUCUAGCUGGGCAGCAGGCUGCUGGAAUCCUCCGUCAGCGCACCCCUCUCACCGAUCAUCUGCAUCCGUUCGUCGCUGGACAUUGGGUUUGAUUCGUGUUGCUGAGCGCCCCUCAUGGAUCCACCACUCCCAGCUCCUGAGGGCCUGCCUCCGACGCGCUUCAUCUACCCGGAUGCUUCUUCAAACCCUGACCAUACACCUGUCCAAGGCCGAGGUCAUGGACAUGCAGUGCCAUCUGGACGCUGCAUUUCGCUGAGGAAUGGGAUUGUUGUGUGUGUAAAGCUAUGUCUGGAUUUCUCUAUCUUGUCCUAUGCUUUAGGCGCCGGCUUUGCGGAAGACCUUUGUUAUCCCGAGGAGGGUUGUAUGUGAUCCUCCCGGAGGCCGUGGGCCUCGGAAGGAUCAAAGGGGGGAUUGUUGUCCACAGCGGACUUGACAUGACUGUGCAAACUGAGAACGACAUAAAUAUUACAUGCUGUAUGUAUAACGACUCUAUAAUGCUACCUUCUCCUUCUCCCCGAGACGAUAUCUUUGCCUUAAUACGCGAAUGUAGCAAGAGUAACAGUAACAGCACUGUUACCCAAUACCAGGGCUCUAACUUUACUAUUAGUGUGAACCGCGCCGCUACAUUGCUUUGUUUUAACACCACCACCAUAACUAAUAGGACUUGGUGGGUAGAGUACAUUAGGUUAUUGACCAAUAUUACCCCCAUUUCACAAGAAUUAAUUAUCGUUCGAGUACCUGGAAGUUGUCAGAAUGUGACGUUUAACACCCAGCAAAACUUGCUACAUUGUAACAUAACUUUUCCCCCCUGGAAACCUUGUAACAGGCGGAGGAGAUCAUGGUUUGAUACUCUCCUUGGAGGGGCAGGAACAGGUUUGGGUAUAGUAAAUUCAGUAGACCUUGAGACCCUGGCCAAUAGACUGCGCAGUGCUGGCCACGAUGUCCCUCAGGCUCUCACAAUAAAUGCUCGAUGGUCACGCACAACGAUCCUGCCCCACCAACCUACCUUAAACUUCCAAGGACAAUUUCUACAGUUGUUUAAUGCUGCAACGUUUGCUUCUGUCAACAUAGACACUGAUUUUUCUAAGCUAUUUAAUUGGACAAGGUGUUCAUUGGAGAAUAUCUAUAGCAUGGUACAAAAAGAGUGGGUUCAAAGAACGUUAUCGGCUGGAACCCCGGACAUUUGGAGACAAAUUCUUUCUCGUUAUAUUCCUCAAGAUAACUGGAUAUCCCAUAGAAUUGUAAUGCAAUGUACUGAGGAUAUAUGUACAGGGACAAUUACUCACUUUAAGGUUAGCUCUGCUAUGAUCAUGUGUAAUUAUCAUGUCAUUCCUUUUGUCUUGUCUUUGUAUUUCGUUUUGCCCCAAUUGAAUGGUGAAUAUAUAGACCAACGUAACAAUACUCAUAUAUUGCGGGAAUGUACCUCAUGCCUCGAAGGGAUGGUAUGUGGAAUGGCUACACCACAGAUGGAACCCUGUUUGUUAAACCAUUCCUCUAACUUAUGUACAUUAACUCUCUAUCAGCAAAGUAACUUCUCUAUGUUAUAUGAGGUAUCCCCUCAGCACAUAUGCAUUACCUCUAGUAAUAGUACUGAUUUGGAAUCUGUCGGGAAGGCUUCCCCUUUCUCCGGUUGCCUACGAAAUAUUAGUUUUCUUAACUGGCAGCGUGAUGAGUUUUUACUUUGCCCCUGUACAGGUGAAUGAUGUCCUAUGAAAUAUUAGUUUUCUUCACUGGCAGGGUGAUGAUUUUUACUUUGCCCCUGUACAGGUGAAUGAUGUAAACCUCACUUGGAUCCCGAAACCCCUCCCACCCACUACCUAUGUAUCUAUCGAACUCCCUGUAGCCAUCCUGAAUACGUCACAGUUACUACGUCAAUUGCUUACUAAAAAUGAAAGAGCUCUUAGUGAACAUCGCAUACAAACUCAUAUAGUUGCUGGAAAACUGAUAGACGCAUCUCAUGUAAUAUUAACAGACACAAAUCAUCAUUGGUAUGAUUUCUUCUUUAAAUCAUCGACUGCGCAGAAGUAUUUUAAUGCUCUGGCUAACCCUUUGCUAAUAUUUUCCUACAUUUUAAUUAUUUUAUGUUUAUGCAAUUGUUAUAUGUUUAUUAGCAUAAGAACGUUGUACACUAACUUUACUCCCAAGUUAUUAACGGCCUAUACUGUUAAUGUACCUGAUUUUGAGUCCGAAUGAUGGGUAAAUUUAGAAACUCUUGCACAUUAAGAAUAGGCUUCGAUUUGGCAACGGCUAGACCGACCUGUCCACUGGGCGACUUCGACCGGGCUUGACAGAUAACGAAUUGCAAAACAAAGGAGAAGAAAAACAACUUAUCUCUGUACUAUGGAAACGGGCCAUUUCCCACAGUACAGGAACAUC